AUGUCACCACAAUCACCACUACCGUCACCUUCGUCGCUGUUGCCAUUACCAGCUGCACUUGAUACUCGCUCAUUUUUCAAACUUCACUGGACGUGUUUCAAAGUUCUUGGCGUUAUCGCACCUACCUCGAAUGCAUAUUAUCUCGGCUAUUCGUUGCUGCUGCAUCUACUUGUCACCAUCUGUUAUCCGCUGCAUCUUGCCUUGGCGCUUUUCAAAAGCUCCAAUGCCUCGGUUAACAUCGAAAAUCUCGCGGUGUGUGUCACCUGUGUGGCCUGCAGUAUGAAAUUCGUCAUUUACGCCAUGAAAAUGGGGCGUAUACGUGAGCUGGAGUCCAUAAUUGGAACAUUGGAUGCACGUUCCAGCAGCCCGCAUGAGCGUAGCUAUUUCAUACAGUUGCGCAAGGAUAUGCGGCAUAUUACCAUCGGUUUUCUUAGCAUUUACGCCAUUGUCGGUGUAACGGCAGAGUUGAUGUUUAUCUUUCGUAAUGAACAUAAUUUGUUGUAUCCGGCUUGGUUUCCAUUCGAUUGGCGAGCAAACGAGUUGAAAUUCUAUGCAGCCCAUUUAUAUCAAAUUGUCGGCAUCUCCUAUCAAUUGCUGCAGAACUUCGUAAACGAUUGCCUUCCGACUAUGGCAUUAGCAGUAUUGUCGGCGCAUAUCAAAUUAUUGGGCAUUAGAGUUUCGCAAAUUGGCUACGCAGAGCAAAAUUUGGAUGCGAAUGAAGAGGAAUUGUUGCGUUGCAUUAAAGACCAAGAGCAGCUCUAUAAUAUGCUCAAUACUAUUCAAGGUAUCAUCUCGCUGCCGAUGUUUCUACAAUUCACUGUAACAGCCUUCAAUAUUUGCCUAGCCAUGGCAGCGUUAUUUUUUUUCGCCGAUGCACCAUUCGAUCGGUUAUAUUAUUUGGCAUAUUUCCUCUCAAUGCCGCUGGAAAUAUUUCCCACCUGUUACUAUGGUACCUACUUUCAAUUACUUUUUGAUAAGUUACACAUCGAGAUGUAUUCGAGUAAUUGGGUGGAACAGACACAGAAAUUUCGCAAGCAUAUGAUACUCUUCUGUGAGCGUUCCUUGAAGCAGCAUACCGUCAUGGCUGGUGGCAUUGUACGCGUUCACUUGGAUACAUUCGUUUCAACAUGCAAAGGGGCUUACUCCUUGUUGGCUGUGAUAAUGAAGAUGAAUGAAUGA